CUCUCUGGUCGCGAUAAUUCUGCCCAAGACAGCCUAAGAUAUCGCCUAAUUUAUCGAUCGAUGCUCUGCGAUCCCGAGUUAUAUUCACGUUACGGAACGCGGCAGUGGAUGCAGGACGGUUCGGUCGGAUGAAUUGUCGUGACUGUGUAAAUUAAGUAAGCAAAUCUUACAUCAAUCUCGCAUCAAUAUUAAUUACCAAUUUAACCAUUGCGUAAUAUAGAUUUAGUGUAUAUAUAUCGAAAAUUCGUAGCCUGCGUAUUUAUAUUUCAUGAUUCGUCAGCCGAAAAUGUAUCGCACCUGCCACGAACAUCUCUCGCAACGGGGUAUCGGAACGCGGCGGGCACGAGACGAUGCUCUGGAACGAGAAGAAGGAGCGUUGAAAUUCAUUCUGAUAACUUGAGGCGGAGAAAAAGAUUUGAUGAAUCCAGAGUUGGACAAGUACUUAGGCUUGGGAGAGGCAUCAGGCAUCGGUGGAGCAACUUAGUGAAUCAUCGUAGCUACAUUGUUAAUAAAUAACUCCACUGCUGCGCAUCGGGUGAAACAAACAACAAAACAACACAUUAUAUUCGCCUGAUUCCUGUUCUUCAAAGGAUUAUCGACGACAUCAAAGGAUUAUCGGGCUUAAACUAUAAGCCAGUAUUUGUCCCUUCGCCUUUACACAUGUGUAACGAGUGAGGACGUCGAGAUUACGAGGCUCGACAUCAUCACUAUACUUGCGGGGUUUCACGGAGAAGCCUCUACAAAUGCUGAAAAUGACAGUCCACCUGCAGCUGCGAUUCAAUGAAGGCUAACCGUUGUCAGUGCCGAUUAUCGCAUGGAAGAAAACGUCGGAAAACGGUGAUGCUCGAGUGGAAAAUGAUUGUAAUCCAAGUAUUCCUUUUGCUCGUCGCAACCUCGAGGGCGUACACGCUUCAAGAGUCGGUCUCAACUGAUUCGACCCCGAGCAGUAACAAUUGCUCCACCACCGACGGCUUUCUCAUUCUUCGUUCCCCAAACGAGGCACAGGAGGGCGAGAUGGACACGAUGGCGGCGAACGUGCUUGCUGACGAUACGAAGAACAACUCGGACGUGUCGCCGCGUCCGAGGACGUUGACCUUACCCAGGGACUGGGAUGAGAAACCGAACCUAAAGUUCCCGAAAUUUACCGCAGAAGAGCGUUACAAGAUGACGAGUUUGCAUCUCGAUAAGGGAUGGUUUGCCUUUGAAUUUCUCCGAGGCUUUCUGUCCUUCGUACAACCUUACGACGUACCGACCGAUCUCCUAGCGGACGCCGUGGAAAAUCGCAUAAGCACCACUAAAUUGAUCUCGGAGUCUCUGCACGUGGAAGCAGCUUUUCUGGGCUUAGUAGGCGUGUGCUGCGUACUGGCCUGCAUAAUACCCGGCAUGGAACUUUGGCUCGCCUGUCGCCCAAUCAGAGAGGAUUAUAAACCCCCUCGGCAUCCCGGUGUUCUUACAUUUCUCCUCACCGUUCUCGUCCUCAUACUCGGGUCUUGCAUGGUGACAAUGAUAAUAUGCAACGAGGCGGUGGCGGUCGGGAUCGAGAAGCUCCCCUUGACAGUAGAGACGGCAUUGCAGGAUUUAAAGGAUUACCACGCGGACACCACAUCACAGCUGCGAAAGUGCCUCACGAGAAGUUUGGAUGUUGCCAGCGAAGCGAUCCUCGCGGAUCUAGACAAUGUCGAGGAAUUAUUGGGCAAACCCGUGCAGGCCGAACUCUCGGCCGAGACUGGACUUGACGUGGCACUGGAUGCGCUCGUUGACCUGGGAAAUGCGACGCAAGAGUUAUCUGCCAGAACUGAAUCUUUGCUCAGGGAGGGUGAGAGAGCUCGCGAACUCGGAUUGGAAUUGAGUAGGGAAACGGACGAGAUACGACGCGACUUGGAAGGUGCGGUGAGAGCAUGCUCGGGUCCAGAUCGUUCUCUUUGUGCUGUCAUUGACUCUUCGGGGAUUCGCUUGGAUCUACGGAUAGAACGGCUACUGAGAGACGAUCGUCUUCUGCGUCUACAGAGUACCAGUCGAGAAAAUUUGACGGAAGCAGGACGCCAGGCUCGCGGGGAGUACCUCCACGUACCGGAUCACAUUGCCCGAACCACACUGGAUGCUCGCAACCAGAUUCGACGCGAGAUCAAUGCAGCACGUGCCAGAAUUGUCGAUCAAACGCGCACUAUAGAAACAAACAGUUUUGAACUUUCUGAGCAGCUGGAUUCUGCGAGGAGCUUCGCGAAUUACGUUGUGCCUUAUGUCAUCUCUUUCGAGCGUAUUAGAUGGAUCAUUGGAAUGGCUAGUGCUUUAUGCAUUUUACCGAUUCUUUCAUUACUGAUUGGAGCUUUGUGCUGUCGUUGCGGAUCUGAAAAUAAAGUGCGUCCAACUCUUUUGUGUAAUGUAGUUACGAGCUGUUUCGUCUCGAUUACAUUAUGGGCAGCGUUCAUCGUCGCUUUGGGCAUCGCCAGUCAUACAGAAAUGUUGAUAUGUCGACCACUGUCCGAUCCUGACUAUCAUACUAUGGAAGUUGUCCUAGAAACUCAAAUGUUUUUAGGAAGAAAGCUUACAGUUUCUCUUAAGAAACUCUUUGAAAAAUGUCGAAACAACGAGGCAGCUUAUUCCGCCUUCGGGUUAGAAAAUGUGAUGAAUCUGGACCAUUUGACUGCGCAUUGGGCAUGGCCAGGCCUGUCUAGAGCAAUCUCUAAUGUUAAAGUCGAUUUGAAAGGUCUUCAAAUAUUAACGCCGAAUUUACGACAACGUCUUCAGGAUCUUUUAUACGUUUGUGGUUUAAAUCUCACCGCGUAUAGAAUUAUGGUUCAAGAACCAAUUAUGAGUAAAGAUAUAAGUACACUAUCUGAUCAACUGGACAAUAUAUCCCGUCAGCUGCGUGAUCAAAGUAUUGCCAGGGAAUUGCAAAGCAUUGGGACAACAAUGCGGGAUCUGACAUUACGACGAGUAAAACCGCUUAUGAAAUUACAAAACGAUCUGGUCUAUGGUCUUGCUGUUAUAGAGUUGCAAGUGCAACCUCUUUGGCGUCAAGUCAAUCAAUCAAUUUCUCACUUAAGGACAAUACAAUAUUAUAUAGAUCAUCAGGGAGAAAAGAUUGCUCAGUUGAAAGCAAAAUUGUACAUGAAUCGACUAUCGAAUUAUUUAGAUCAAUGGCGGACUCACGUAUUUUCUGAGAUGAGCACAGAAGUAUCCAAGUGCCGACCCUUGUGGAACGUUCUCGAAGGAUUGAGAUACUUAUUAUGUGCUCAUAUUUUGAGUCCUCUAGAUGGUUUCUGGUUUGCUACGUUCGUAAGUGUAAUCGUUAUGAUAAUCAGCACACCAACAGCACAUAUUUUGUCACUAGUGUACAAGAAACCGUCUCAAUUCAUAGAAGACGCUACUCCACUGUCAACAAGAACGGGAAGUCUCAGCACGGAUGACGACAGAACAUGGCAGAUGCCAGAACCACCACCGCCGCCACAAAGCGAUUGGUAACAAACGACAACGAAGAAAAAAGAUUUAGCCUUGCGGACAGAUUCAGAAAGAAAUUAAUGUAGCAAAAACUUGAUAUAGCAAAAACAUUUAUAAAGUAUAGAUUGUACAAAAUAAGUUUUAUUUGUAUCUAAUUUACCGCAAGCAGAUCUCUGAAAACCAACUGUCAUUUAUACAUUUUUAUGAAGAUUACUCGAUUUCAAAGUUGUAUGAUUUUUUUGUGAAAAAUUCUUCGUGCUUAUUUGUUAUAAAAAUAAAUCUCUCAAUCUCUCUAC